CUCAUAUAAACCGACGAGGGAAAUGUUGUCCCCCGCAACUUACAAGUAACAUAUUUAGUUUGGAAUGGACCACAGCAUUCUUAUCCACACCGCUAGAGGGGUAGUUUCUCCUCCGGUCGGAACCAAGGCAAAUUUGGUGAUAAAACACUUUGUCUGUUAUGGGGUUAAGGAGUCGCAGGGAUGGCUAGUAUACACGGACGAUAUGCCGCUGCCAGCAGGAGAGUACGUUUUGAUCGGCGAAAAGCACCCGCCUACAACCUCAGCACUCGCGCCUGAGCAGCUCACUUGGGAUGUCAGCGAUGAACCUAUCUUCCCUGGAAUCCUGGUAACCGAUCCAUUGAAGGAGGUUCGAGAAUUGGUAAGGGCGUUGAAGGAAAGGAUUGCUCCGAACCUUGCCCUGCAGCUUGCUACCUUGAAGGCAGAAAUGGAGAGCUUAAAGCUCCGAGUGGCCCAUAUGGGCAACGGAAUUGACCACCUCAUGGAGAUUGUAACGGUGUCAGCCGCAUCUCAACCCACAAAGUGCUGCAGCAUAUGUGAUUGCAGCCGGAUUACGACCCUGAUGAAAACUUGCUCGCAAUGCAACGCAGAGUGGUGUGUAGGGUGCUACUACAAGCAGAUACCAACAGCCACAGGGGCGGUGAAAUGCCCAUUCUGCACUCACGUCAUUGCUCAAGUGCAAAUCUGAUAUUAUGUAUAAAAGUAUAAUGUAUUUGAUAGAUAUCCACA